AUGCUGGCACAAACUGUAGCGGCAACGUUAGCCGGCUGCGUUGGAUGCCAGGCUGGGGUUGAGAUGCUGCAAAGGGAAGUGAAAAAUAGCCUCAAUCUUCUUACUCUGGCCACAUGUAUAUUUGUCUCUCUAGAAGGCCUUAUCUUCCACUCAAAAAUGCUCCGAGUUAAACAAGCAAUUCCAACACGGGUAUAUCUCAAAAUUGUAUGUAUUUUCUUUGUUGUGAAUUUUUGUAAUAACUAUGCUAUAAAGUGCGAUGUCUACUUUCCGCUCUUCAUCAUUUUUAAGUCGGGUUCCCUACUAGCGAAUAUUAUAUUUGGUUUUACCUUGCGAGGACAUGUAUAUACUCCAAGGGAAAUAUUUUCUGUAUUUAUUGUCACCGGUGGAAUUGUUAUCUUCACACUUGCGAGUUAUGAAAGAAAACCGUCCACAUCAACUUCUGAUGUUGAAUUCUUUGGCAUCCCGCCAUUCUUCAUCGGAGUUGCGCUGCUCACCGUCGCACUGAUGUUAAGCGCAUACCUUGGAGUUUGCCAAGAAGACAUGUACAAAGUGCACGGAAAACAUGCGAAGGAAUCUAUGUUCAUGGUGCAUACACUUUCCAUACCCGGCUUUUUGCUUCUUGGCGGUGAGAUCACUGAAGCUUUCCAUGCAGCUAACAACACCGAGCAAUUGAAUUUGUUUGGUUACGACCUAAUUAUACCAGUUGCGUGGGCGAACAUUUUUGGAAUAUGCAUCUUACAAUACAUCUGCAUCAAUAACGUCUAUCGUCUCACAGCACUAACCACUUCACUGAAUGUAACUAUGUUCAAUUUCACGUUGCUCUUCCCUGUUGGAUUUUCCUUGGAUGCUACCGUAAAUGCAGCUGUAGUGAACGAGCACAAAAGAUACGGUGACAUCUUGCAGGCUGAUUUUCUGGAUACACGUAGAAAUCUGACGUUGAAGACCUACGCACACUCUCAUUUCAUUAGCCAAUUCUGCACAAAUGUGCGAGCUUUUAUACGAGUUGAUGGCGAUGUUGCUUGGAAUGUUGAGCUUCUAUUCGAUUAUUUGUCCAAGAACGAUUUGGAACAGAACAUUUUAUACUGUCAAACUAAAAGAAGAGCCACUCCUCUACGGGAUAAUACUAGCGAUUGGUAUAUUACAAUGGAAGAAUAUCCAUAUAAAUUUUUUCCGGAAUAUUGCCUCGGUGACAUGUAUGUCGCUAUCCCGUCCACAGUCGCCACACUACGCGACGAGUCCAAUAAUGUGCCAUUCUUUUGGGUAGAUGACAUUUUUACAACUGGAAUUGUUGCGAGAGAGGCUGGAAUUACGUUUGAGGAUUUGCCGAUCAGCGUUGAUAGACUUGAUUAUGGGCAUUUCUACGAAGGACAAUGA